CCAUUUUUCUCAAAUGAAGGCACUCUAUGAUACAACUAACACACCCAGGGAGUUUCUAAUUUGGAGAAUGCAAAACCAAAAAAGAGAAAGUUAUUCCGGAGAUUUAUGUCUGAAAAUAAAAUAUUUGAAGGAAAAACUGUGAAUGACAAAAUCUGGCAGGAACACAGCAAGCAUAAGAAUGAUUCCCACAUCAGAAGGCCCUGUCAGCUAAAAGAUCUAAAUGAAGAUGAUUUUCUAAGUAACAACAUACAUACUCAUCAAGGAAAAACUCUACAAGGAACUUCCUAUCAGGUGACCUCUGAAUGUUGGAGUCCAUUUCACUAUCAGAGACAUGUUGAGACCACUGUUGAUGAACUGGCCAUAAAAUCGGGCAGUGACCCUGUGGAAUCAAUGGGGACAUUAAAGCGACUACAGAAACUGGUUUGGACCAAGAAAGCCAGAGUGCAGAAUCUGGAUGAGGUGAAACCGACAUUAAUAAACCUCCAAGAUGAAGAUGACACGUUGAUUUCUUGUUUGAAAUUAACCAAGUCCCGAGAAAAGAAAGUGAAUAGUGUUAGCACGAGGAGGAAGGAAGAAAUGGAGAUUAGAUUGGAUACUCUUUCUGCACCACUGGGUAGAUCCAGCACUUUAAAUGACUGCAACUUGGAAGAUAAAUUAGCUUGGUAUGAAGGUGAAGCUUACAUGUGGCAUCACUGGAAGCCUUUUCCUGAAAACCCUCUCUGGACAUGUCUUGAUUUCCAAAUAGCACAAGCUGGACCCUGGGACCACUGCUCCUCUUGUAUUCGCCACACACGUCUCAAGUCUUCCUGCUCAGAUAUGGAUCUCCUACAUUCAUGGCGAAGCAGCAGUUUUGGGAAUUUCGAUCGUUUUCGGAAUAAUUCUUUAUCAAAACCAGAUGAUUCAACUGAGGCACGUGAAGGAGAUCCCACAAAUUAAAGUGGAGAACAAAGUAAAACUUCAAAUAAUGGAGGCGGUUUGGGUAAAAAAAUGAGAGCUAUUUCAUGGACAAUGAAGAAAAAAGUGGGUAAAAAGUACAUCAAAGCCCUUUCUGAGGAAAAGGAUGAGGAAGAUGGAGAGAAUGCCCACCCAUAUAGAAACAGUGACCCUGUGAUUGGGACCCACACAGAGAAGGUGUCCCUCAAAGCCAGUGACUCCAUGGAUAGUCUCUACAGUGGACAGAGCUCAUCAAGUGGCAUAACAAGCUGUUCAGAUGGUACAAGUAACCGGGACAGCUUUCGACUGGAUGACGAUGGCCCCUAUUCAGGACCAUUCUGUGGCCGUGCCAGAGUGCAUACGGAUUUCACGCCAAGUCCCUAUGACACUGACUCCCUCAAAAUCAAGAAAGGAGACAUCAUAGACAUUAUUUGCAAAACACCAAUGGGGAUGUGGACGGGAAUGUUGAACAAUAAAGUGGGAAACUUCAAAUUCAUUUAUGUGGAUGUCAUCUCAGAAGAGGAAGCAGCCCCCAAGAAAAUAAAGGCAAACCGAAGGAGUAACAACGAAAAAUCCAAGACUCUGCAGGAGUUCCUAGAGAGGAUUGAUCUGCAGGAAUAUACCUCAACACUUUUGCUCAAUGGUUAUGAGACUCUAGAAGAUUUAAAGGAUAUAAAAGAGAGUCACCUCAUUGAAUUAAAUAUUGAAAACCCAGACGACAGAAGAAGGUUACUAUCAGCUGCUGAAAACUUCCCUGAAGAAGAAAUUAUUCAAGAGCAAGAAAAUGAACCUGAGCCCCUAUCCUUGAGCUCAGACAUCUCCUUAAAUAAGUCACAGUUAGAUGACUGCCCAAGGGACUCUGGUUGCUAUAUCUCAUCAGGAAAUUCAGAUAAUGGCAAAGAGGAUCUGGAGUCUGAAAAUCUGUCUGACAUGGUACAUAAGAUUACUAUCGCAGAGCCAAGUGACUGAACACACAUUCCCAACUAUAUAUCUACAGAUGCAUUCCGUUUUAACUCUUCUUGAGCUAAAACAUCAAAUAGGAGAGGAAGAUAAGAUAAAUAUUUGUAAAUAAAACCUAAAGUUUAAAUGUUUUAAUCUGAAAAAUUGUACAUAAAAUUUUGUAUCUCUAACAUUCCAAAUUACUGUCAAUAAAAUAUAUAUUUAUUAUUUUAAAUGCUAUGCGUUAAUAUUUCACUUGCCUGUAUUAGAAAGGCAAAAUGUAAGACUUUGGUAUGUGUGGCAUAUGCUUUAUUUGGCUUUUUUUUACAAGUACAAUAUCUGCAAAAAACAAAGUAACCUUUUUUCAUACUUGCCAGUUUUGAAUUUGUAUAUGUUAUUGAACAAAUAGUAAUAGAGGAUUCGCUGUUGAAACAAGAUGUCCAAGCAAUGUUAUAUUCAUUUUUAUACUUAUUGGGAAAGUGUGAGUUAAUAUUGGACACAUUUUAUCCUGAUCCACAGUGGAGUUUCAGUAAUUAUAUUUUGUUGAUUUCUUCAUUUUGUUUUCUGGUAUAAAAGUAUAGAUAAUGCGUAGUCACUUCUGAUUUAGUGAAACCAAUUGUAAUAAUUGUGCAGAUGUUUUGUCUUUAAGUGUAAAUAUUUUAAAAUUUGACAUACCCUAAUGUUAAUAAUAAAAAGAACUAUUUGCAUAUUGCAUU